GGUUACUUCCGUGGUCAUCCGCUGUCAUUUCCUCGUUCCCAGCAGUCCAGCUACCCUAAUAAAUCUGAAAGCCGUCGACAUUUUCUGCCCUAACAAAUCUCAAAGGGACUAGCACCGAUCGAGGGCGGCGCAGAAUCCGGUGCUUAGUGGGAGUUUUGGUUUGCUGUUGUGAAGUUGCAAGGAUAUGGCUGGUGGUUUCAGAGUGCUUCAUCUUGUUAGACCAUUUUUGGCUUUUUUGCCUGAAGUUCAGAGUGCUGAUCGAAAAAUUCCAUUUAGAGAAAAGGUCAUAUACACUGUUAUUUCCCUCUUUAUCUUUCUGGUUUGCAGUCAGCUUCCUCUUUAUGGAAUUCAUUCAACUACCGGAGCGGAUCCUUUUUACUGGAUGCGUGUUAUUCUUGCAUCAAAUCGUGGAACCGUUAUGGAACUCGGAAUUACUCCAAUUGUGACUUCUGGGUUGGUGAUGCAACUUUUGGUUGGUUCCAAGAUUAUCGAAGUCGAUAACAGUGUUCGAGAGGAUCGGGCUCUUUUAAAUGGUGCACAAAAGUUACUUGGUAUCCUGAUUGCCAUUGGAGAGGCAGUUGCGUAUGUUCUAUCUGGAAUGUAUGGUAGUGUCAGCCAACUUGGUACUGGAAAUGCUAUUCUCAUUAUACUGCAACUUUUCUUUGCUGGCAUCAUCGUCAUCUGUUUGGAUGAACUUCUCCAAAAAGGAUAUGGUCUUGGCUCUGGAAUUUCUUUAUUCAUAGCAACUAAUAUCUGUGAAAACAUUAUCUGGAAGGCAUUUAGCCCAACAACCAUCAACAGUGGACGUGGUGCUGAAUUUGAAGGUGCUGUUAUUGCCCUGUUCCAUCUACUGAUUACUCGAACAGACAAAGUCCGGGCUCUUCGUGAAGCUUUCUACCGUCAGAAUCUUCCAAAUGUGACCAACUUACUUGCUACAGUCUUGGUCUUUCUGAUUGUUAUCUAUUUCCAAGGCUUUCGGGUUGUGUUGCCUGUGAGGUCAAAGAAUGCUCGUGGGCAGCAAGGCUCUUACCCUAUCAAGCUGUUCUACACCUCUAACAUGCCCAUCAUCUUACAGUCAGCUCUUGUCUCAAACCUUUAUUUCAUCUCCCAGUUGUUGUACAGGAGGUACAGUGGAAAUUUCCUUGUCAAUUUGCUAGGUAAGUGGAAAGAAUCAGAGUACUCUGGUCAAUCCAUUCCUGUUGGUGGUAUAGCUUACUACAUUACUGCCCCAUCAAGUUUGGCAGAUAUGGCAGCAAACCCAUUUCAUGCACUUUUCUACAUAGUCUUCAUGCUCUCAGCUUGUGCUCUUUUCUCCAAAACUUGGAUAGAGGUUUCUGGUUCAUCUGCAAGGGAUGUGGCUAAGCAACUUAAGGAACAACAAAUGGUUAUGCCAGGUCAUCGGGAGUCCAAUUUACAGAAGGAAUUGAAUCGCUACAUCCCUACCGCUGCAGCAUUUGGUGGGGUGUGCAUUGGUGCAUUGACAGUUCUAGCUGAUUUUAUGGGUGCAAUUGGUUCUGGGACGGGAAUCCUUCUAGCUGUCACAAUCAUAUAUCAAUACUUUGAGACGUUUGAGAAGGAGAGAGCCAGUGAACUUGGGUUCUUUGGCAUGUGAUUCCAAAUGUUUGGCGCCUUUCUGAACUUCUAUCACAGUUUUGAUUAAAGCCGAAACAGAUAGGAGUCAAGAGUUCAGCGGCUAAACGUAAGCUGUUUCCAAAACUUUCUUAGAGGAGAGUUUGUAUGUCGACUCUAGUAAGCGUAUGGUAAAUUAACAAUUGGGCCAACUACUGAAUUGUAAUGAUGCCUUAUCUCUGACUUGGUUUUUUUGGCCCGAUGUCCUUUUUUGAGUUAUGCUAUGGAGCUCUAAGAUUCGGUUGAAAAGAGAAAAGUUGAAUUGGAUUGAA